AUGGCCGUUUUCGGACUCUUUCCGUCGCAAAACAGAUACCAGCUAGGGAAAGGAGGUACAAUGACGCAAUAUCGUCUCAUGCGUGCAGAUCAUGAAACUUCGAAGACACGACUUGCGGGAGCUUGCGAUAUACGAUACACUCUGAUAUUGAUCCUCACUCUCGUGUGCAUCUCUUGUCUUUACUGGAUCCGGUUCACCGAUCGAGAAAUAUGCUUGGUCGGGGUCGGGAAUGCGGUGAACAGGAGUCUUCCGGAAUCUCCUCCCCGCAUUUCGCUUCUCGAAGGAAUCACGAGCGUUCCCCUGAGCCGGUCAACGACCAAACGAGAAGUGAAAGCUCAAGACGAACUCAAUCUAACCGAGAUCCAAGAGAAAUUCAUCCUGUACACUGCGAAAUGCCACAUACCGAAUUACGACUUCAAAGAACCCAAUGUCUUGAAGAAAUAUUAUAGCAAACCUCCAAGAAAAUGCUCAAAAGACGUGGAGCCGUUCAUCUUCUAUCCGAAACUCAAUCAGACUGGCGGGUUUUCGUGCAUCGGGGUCGACGAUACCCAAUACAAAAAAUUCUACUCCGAUCGCUUUGAGCUCGACAAUUGUACCUACAUGGAAACCCAGAGGGAUCUGAGUCAUAUCAAGAUCGAUUAUUACCACAAGUUCGGAGACCCGAAACCGCUGAGGGUUGACGAUUGCCCGCCAGAGGAAUAUCUCUGGAUCCAGUGCGGAGUGUCGAACAAGUCUUACGAACAGCCACUUUUCAUGCCGAAGGUGAAGCCCGUGGAUAGAACAAUCCGAGAGAACAAUUUGGGCCAGAAGCCGCUCCACGUGCUCAUUCUAGGCCUUGAUUCCGUGUCGCGGCUUAACGCUCACCGCCAGCUCCCGAAAACAAUCGCCUAUUUGAAGGGGAAAAAGAAUCUUGUUGAGCUAUUCGGCUACAAUAAGAUCGGUGUUAACUCAUCGCCCAACCAAAUACCUCUGAUCACCGGCAUACCUUUCAAGAACCCGUAUCCGAUCGGGCUGAAUCUUCGCGCUUCGAAUGCGCAUUUCGACAAUUUGACGAGAUUCCUUUGGGACGAUCUCGGCUCUCGAGGCUACCGUACGAUGUUCUAUGAAGAGCAAUGGAUCUACGGACUGUUCCUGUAUCCGCCACUGAGCGGCUUCUUACGCGAGCCCACGACUUACUGGCCUCGCCCACUCAUGCAAGCAAUCGACAAAUCUUCGUUGAAACAAGGGAACUGCGUGGGACCGGACGUUGCCGCAAAACUCUAUCUGGAUUACACUCACCAGCUGUUCAAAAUCUCGGGCAGCGAGAGACCUCUCUUCACCUACGGAUGGCUCAGCGAGGUUGCUCACGACAACAUCAAUGGAGGUCAACUCGUCGAUGAAUAUCUCUUGGAUUUCUUCACGAAGAUGACCGAUGACGGGAUCUUGGACAAUACGGCGGUAUUCUUCAUCUCGGAUCACGGAAUGCGCUUCGACAGUUUCCGUUACACUCCACAAGGACGUCUUGAGGACAUGUUGCCGUUUGCCUUCAUCCUCAUGCCGGAUCGAUUUCACACGGCCUAUCCAAACGCAAAGAAAAUAAUGGAUAUCAACUCUAGACGAUUAUUGACGGCAAUCGAUAUGCAUGCGUCGCUUCUGGAAUUGGCCGAUGUCUGGGACGAAGACAGAUUGAUUCGCACUGCGAACGGUUUCAGUAUUUUUAGCACUAUAAUCCCGAACGAGCGUACCUGCAAAGAGGCUGGUAUCGACAUCGAGUUUUGCGCCUGUUACAAUUAUCAUGCCAUGAACGCGAGCACUCGCCCCGCGCAGUCUAUGGGAGAGCUCCUCGUGGAGAAAAUCAAUUUACGUUUGAGAGAGACCGAAGCGACCAACUGCAGUGAUUUCAGACUGGAUAAAAUCGUGGAUUUCAUUAGACUGUCCGAAGGCGCCGACUGGACGGACUUUUUCAAAAUUUCCGUGGAGAUGGAGCCGUACGCACGCUUCGAGGUGACAGGGGAACUGAUGGAUCCAUCGGAGUUCGAGUGGAGGAUCCUGUCAGACUUCGAUCGCGUGGAUAGGUAUAGCGAUCAUUCCGAGUGCGCGAGAGGCCAACCGUAUGAGAAACUGUGUCACUGUAAAUUGUAAUUUAGAUUCACCAGAAUUUCGGGUGUCGAGAUCAUUGUAAAUAGAUAGCGAAGUCGCCU